AUGGCUGGUGGCAAGAAGGAAGGUAAGUCGUGUGACGCAGAAACUUCUGCCGUUGCGAAACCGGCGCUGAUUGGCAUCACGUGUUCGCGCUCGGAUGACCUCGCAAAAUGGUACCACGAGGUGCUGACGAAGGCGGAGCUCAUCGAGUAUUAUGACGUUGCGGGCUGCUACAUUCUGCGGCCCAACAUCUUCGCGGUGUGGGAAUUCAUACAGCAGUUCAUAGACGCAAAGUUCAAAGAGCACGGCAUCAAGAACUGCUACUUUCCGAUGUUCGUUACCAAAGGCAAACUCACGGCAGAAGAGGACCACCUCGAAGGGUUCUCGGCGGAGGUUGCUUGGGUCACAAAGAGCGGCUCGUCCGACCUUGCGGAGCCGAUUGCGAUCCGUCCAACCAGUGAGACCAUUAUGUACCCAGCGUUCUCGAAGUGGAUCCGCUCGCACCGCGACUUGCCUCUGAAGCUAAACCAGUGGUGCCCAGUCGUGCGUUGGGAAUUCAGCCACCCGACGCCGUUCAUUCGCACGCGGGAGUUUUUGUGGCAGGAGGGCCACACAGCUCACUCAACCGCAGAGGAGGCCGACUCGUUCGCAUUGAAAAUGCUCGAAGUGUACCGCGCGGUCUACGAGGAACUGCUCGCCAUCCCAGUCGCGAAGGGCCGCAAGAGUGAGCUCGAGAAGUUCGCGGGCGGCGAAGUAACCUACACGGUUGAGGGAUUCGUGAACGUGAAUGGCCGCAGCAUUCAGGCCGCGACUUCGCACUACCUCGGAGCGAACUUCGCGAAGAUCUUCGACGUGAAGUACGAGCGAGUAAGCGGGGAGUUCUCGCACGUGCACCAGACGAGUUUCGGGCUGUCGACGCGUUCAAUCGGCGCGCUAAUCUUGAUCCACGGUGACGACAAAGGGCUGCGGCUGCCGUCGCGCGUCGCACCGACCCAGGUAGUCAUCGUGCCGAUCGAGAAAAAGAACGUUGAUUCGCUGCCGAUCCUCGAGCGCUGCCGCAGCGCGGAGGCACGGCUGCGCGCCGUGGGCGUGCGCGCGGAGAUCGAUGACCGCUCGCUCUUCAGUCCUGGCUACAAGUUCAACCACUGGGAGAUGCGCGGCGUGCCGCUGCGCGUCGAGAUCGGCCCGCGCGACGUCGAGCAAGAAACCGUGCGGCUUGUGCGCCGCGUGGACGGAGCGAAAAUUGACGAUGCAUUCGCCAACCUCGAAGAGCAGAACCCGGCGCACGAGCUGUACCGGCAGGCUGCGGAGGCGCACCGACAGACGCGGCGCUACAUUCAGCCGCUGAUUCGGCCGGGGCUGACGACGCUGGAGCUGUGCGAGAAGUUGGAGCAGAAAAGCAGGCAGCUGACGGCGGCGAGCAAGACGGCGCGCGGCUGGGCGUUUCCGACGGGCGUGAGUCUGAACAGCUGCGCGGCGCACUUCACGCCGAACAAGGGCGACCCGCUGGUGCGGCUGACGCGCGACAGCGUGCUGAAGGUCGACUUCGGCGUGCACUUCAACGGGUACCUGAUCGACUCGGCGUUCACGGUGGCGUUCAACGAGGCGUUCGACCCGCUGCUGCUCGCGAGCAAGGAGGCUACGAACCACGCGCUGCGCGUGUGCGGGCCAGACGCGCUGCUGAGCGACAUCGGCGCGCAGAUCUCCGAGAUCAUCUGCUCGUACGAGCUGCACUGGGCGGACAAGGUGCACGCGCUGCGGCCGGUGCAAAACUUGAGCGGGCACUCGGUCGCGCAGUACUGCAUCCACGCGUCGAAGUCUGUGCCGCUGGUCGAGACGCACGAGCCGGAGCGCAUGCAGGCCGGCGAGGUGUUCGCAAUUGAGACUUUUGCGAGCAGCGGGAAGGGCCGCGUGGUGGAGCAGGGCGACUGCAGCCACUACAUGCUGCAGGGCGGCGCGCGCGGCGCGAACCUCGGCGCGAUCCGGCUGCCGUCCGCGCGCAAGCUGUACAACACGAUCCAGGCGAACUUCGGCACGCUUGCGUUCUGCCGGCGCUGGCUCGACGCACUCGGCGAGGAGCGCUACAUGCUGGCGCUGAAGAGCCUGGUGAACGCGGGCGUGGUGAACGAGUACCCGCCGCUGUGUGACGUGGCGCACUCGUUCGUGUCGCAGUUCGAGCACACGGUGAUCAUUCACGAAAAAGGCAAGGAGGUGUUGUCGCGCGGCGACGACUACUAG